AUGGGAGUUAAUACUGAAGACAAAAAAGUUGUUUUCUUACCAGUUGAUGCCAGUGAUCAUUCUGCUCGAGCGUUUCAAUGGUAUCUGGAUAAUUUAAGAGGGGAAAACGACGAGUUACACUUUUCAUUUGUCAUUAAACCAAUAUUUACAACACCAACAGUUGAACUGGCUAUGGCAUCUUCACCAAUAACCGAUAUUAUGCAGUCAACACAAGAGGACAUUGAAAAUGCAAAGAAACUUUUACAAAAAUACUUGAUAAAAGCAAGGCGUUUUGGUAUUUCUUGUCAAGCAUUUGUUCAUGUACAUGCUAAACCUGGACCAACUUUGGUAAAAUUCGCUGAAGAACAGAAAGCAGAUAUUAUAAUAAUGGGAUCCAGAGGACUUGGUUUGAUUGGCCGUACAUUACUUGGCAGUGUUACAAACUACGUAAUGCUUCAUACAAAAACUCCAUUGGUAGUGAUACCUCCUCCAGUAAAAUAA